ACGUGAAAUACAGUCAAAGUUUACAGUGGGAAAUAAAUGCUUUAAAAAUAUUACUGUAAGGAUGCCAAGACCCGAGUGAACGAUAUCCUCCAAGUAGAUGGUGAGCCAAUGUUAUUACUGGCGGCGAGGGCUCGUCGGAUCGGAUUGUGCUGUUGGGCCGCCGCGCCGCUAGGGGGCGGAGAAGAAGCCCGAGUUGAGCCGCUGCGGUAGGAUCCGCAGCGAGGAAGGAAGGAAGGAAGGAAGGAAGGAGCUGAGCCGAGCCGAGCGGAGCGGAGAAGUAGCGGAGCGUCACGCGGCCCCAACGGCCGCGGGAGCAGAGGCGACGCGCAGACAUGGCCGUGGCGGUGCGCUUGACGACGACGGUGGCGGCGGUCGAGCUACAACACGGCGGGGCUCCCCGAGAUCGGGGUUCAUACCGCAGACAAUAAACGGCGCAUGAACUGCGCACUUUACAGCUCGAAGAAAGAAGAAAUAAAAACCGGUGUCGGGAUGGCUGAGCGGCCAGCGGUCUCUCCCUCUGGGGGCAUCACUCCGGUGCAGCAGAUGCUGGCCUCCGGAACCGGGGCCUUGCUGACAUCCUUGUUCGUGACACCUCUGGAUGUUGUGAAGAUCAGACUGCAAUCACAGAGUGCACCAUUCUAUCAAGCUUUGGCUGUUGACACUGUGCCGUGGAGCAAUGCUAUUCGCCACUCUAAGUGGAAGUGCUUCCUGUACUGUAAUGGGCUCAUGGACCACCUGUACGUGUGCCAGAACGGCAUGCGCUGCACAACCUGGUACAACAGCCCCACGCGCUUCAGCGGGACCCUGGACGCUUUUGUUAAGAUCCUGCGCUACGAGGGCGUGCGGUCUUUGUGGAGUGGAUUGCCGCCAACGCUGGUCAUGGCUGUUCCAGCCACAAUGAUCUACUUCACCAGCUAUGACCAGCUGAGGGAUUUCCUUCACUACAGGAUGGGUUGCCAUGAGAACCAGGUGCCCCUCGUGGCUGGAGGACUUGCUAGAUUGGGUGCCGUUACUGUAAUAAGUCCACUGGAGCUGAUACGCACAAAGAUGCAGUCACGACAGCUGUCCUACCGGGAGCUGAGGGUGUGCAUCACCUCUGCUGUGGCCCAGGAUGGCUGGGUGUCCCUGUGGAGGGGCUGGGGACCCACUGUCCUCCGGGACGUCCCCUUCUCAGCCCUCUACUGGUUCAGCUAUGAGCUGGUGAAGAGACAGCUGUGCCAGGGAUACGAGGUGUCGGAGUCCACCUUCAUGAUGAGCUUCACUGCUGGAGCAUUUUCAGGGGCGGUGGCAGCACUAAUGACCCUGCCCUUCGACGUCGUGAAGACACGGAGGCAGAUCCAGUUGGGGGAGAUGGAGAUGCUGACGGGCUCACCGAAGAAGCCCUUGUCCACCUUGCACAUGAUGCGGAAGAUCUGUGCUGAGUCCGGCUACAGGGGCCUCUUUGCAGGUUUACUGCCCAGGCUGAUCAAGGUGGCACCGGCCUGCGCAGUCAUGAUCAGCAGCUAUGAGUUUGGAAAGACCUUCUUUGAGAGGCUCAACCGGGAGCGCGUGCUGCAGCGUAUGUGAAGGGUCCUGCAUUCUCACCCGGGACCGUGGCUUCUUUUCAAGUGAGACCCAAAGAAUUUCAAAAGGCGUUGCAGUGCCUGCAGCCCAUGCAUGCCACCCGCUUUUAACAUGUCGUCAUGUGAGCGCCACUGGCGCCGUGCUGGAAGGUCUACAGUCCAUCAUUUCACUGACGCUGUAUAAUGAAAGGUGGUAAUGGAUAGCGCCAGUUACACUUUGUGUUCACGCCCCCCCCUCCCCACACGAGCUACACUGCAGAAGCCGCCCAGAAUGUAUACGAAGCCAACAGUGCGUUUGUUCCAUGAACAAAGUGCUCCGAGUGUCUCUAGGACAGUCUGUGGCCGAUGGGAGUCCAUCCUCAGUGCAGGUGCUUCCUCUAGAGCCGUGCCUUAGGUGUCACCACAAGGUCCCAUCUAACAGGUGCCCCGUUUUGGUGCAAAUGGAACCCUGUUCUCCUUGGAGUGGAGAAACACUGGCUGAAAUUAAGUAUGCGCUGAAGUCUAAGAAGGGCCCCUGACCGAAGAGGAAGUGUGAACGUGCACUUAGACUACAGGCGAGCAAAGUGCUAGCUGUCAAGCACGUGUAGAGAGCAAUCGGUUCAAAGCCAGUAAAUAGAAACACAAAACGUAAAAACUAGUAACUUGUGUGACCAACAGCAGUUCCCCUAGACAAACGGACUCGAUGCACUUUUCCACCAAGUGAAGGUGGAACGAGAACCACAUUGGAAGCGCUUUGGACUUUUACAUUUUACCGCAGGAGACGUUUCCCCCCCCCCCACCCCCCCUUCACAUGUGAAUUUUUUUUUUUUUUUUUUUUCGUCUACACAUGCCACGUGGGUUGUGGCUUGAGGGUCGUUCUGGCUUUGGUUAGCAACUCGCCUUUGUUCUCGGGCUGCUCAUAUGAAACGGGCCCCUUUCCCCACGAGGAAGGAGAAGUGGUGCCUUGCUGUUUGGCCAUUUUUGUGGAACGUGGACUCGGCCGCUCGACACGGUACCGGAAGAGUAAGCGGACGCAACAAGACGCGUCGGCUGUACAGCAGGAGGCGGAAGUCAAUGGAAAGCGGCCCUCCUGCAUGCCUUACUAUCCACACCAGCAGCAUUGUGGAUAUGAGCUGUCAAGGCAGGAGCAGACCACCUUCCGUGAUAACGUGAAACAGGACCAGACUUUGCCGUGGGUCAAGAACUUUCACCCUGUGUUUGCAGAAAGUUUUUGUUUUGCAUUCAAGGGAAUAUAUAGAAAGGUGUGGCCCAGAUGUGCUCAGCCAACUGAUGGAAUGCAGACUUUCUCAGAGGGGCAGUUAAUACACUUUCAGAAGUAAUAAUCAUAGCCACUUCUGAUCAAUAACGUAGUCACUGGGAGACCUUCUGAUUCUGUCCAUAAUCCAGCAGAACUCACCCGGCAUGACAUCAGCUGAGUUCAUAACUUCAUUUCUGAGCGCCUUUUCACAAAUUUUCCAAGUUCUCGUAUCUGUGUUUGAGUAGCAGAAGUUUAGCUGCUCAUAUGUACUUUUUGUUCAGACUUAUUCAGGGAUAUUUUGCCAGAUUGGUAAAUUUACCUCUGUCAAACACAGCGGAGUCAUUGGACUCUUCCGUUCUUCUUUUCAGCCAGUUCUUUAUGUUGAAGUGAAUAAAACUGAUCAGUGUAGCAGGCCACACUGUUCUCUGGGUUUUCAUAUACUUGAACCUAAAAUGUAAAGGGUAAUAAUGUUAGUGUGCUCCUGUUUGCUGCUUACAUUUCCGUGUCAUUCUUUAAUUCGGAACAUGCUUAUUUUAAAAAAUUAAGGUUCAGUCCCCACUGCAUGUAAAUCACUGUACACUUUUUGCUAGAAAUGAAGUUAAGUAAAUGUACAUGACACACAAACAUUCAUUUACUAACUUUAGCUGAAUUUCAGGAAUAAAAAAAAUCUAUUGAGCCAGAGUGUCAAAAAAGACACCCAGUGAUGCAGAAAUGCAGUGAUGUACUAUAGUUGGCGCUAGUGUUUCUUGGCUUGUUCACUUUUCCACGUUUGUGCAGCAUCAGUGCAAGAAUGACAGCCAAGAUUCCUCCUUCCUCUACCCACCACAACUCGUCAGUAGUUCUCCUCUUCACAGACACUGAGAACCCAAUCGAUCAGUUUCCAUACCUACAGCUUAAAAACAUACCUAUCCAGGAGCUGAGGGACUGCUGCAUGUAUACUGAGUGAACAAGA